AUGAUGAUGGACCAAACCCACGCCGCCCUUCACAGCAAAACCGAGGCCUUUGCCUUGAGGGCAGGUGUUAACGAGUUCGGCUUUCUCACUCGUCAUGAUGAUCUCCAGGUUGACAACAACAACAACAAGAAGCACGACAACAACGUCAACUCCUUUCAUGGGUCGGAUCGUCCCGGGUCGAUCCGUGACCUUGUUCGUUCCGUCUCAACUUUUGGUGUGCAGAGGAAGAAACGGAUGAUGAGGCAGAGGCGAGCCACCACCAUCAACUUUCAGCUCUCUUUUGCCACCCCCAGCUCUCACGUGCUCCCUUCCACUUCCCCACCUGCACGUGUAACUGAUCCUGCAAGGUUGAGAUUUCUUUUCCAAAAGGAACUUAAGAACAGUGAUGUGAGCACUCUCAGAAGGGUGGUACUCCCUAAGAAAGCAGCUGAGGCUCAUCUCCCAGCCCUGGAGUCUAAGGAAGGGAUUUCUAUCAGCAUGGAUGACAUAGAUGGUCUGCAUGUUUGGAGCUUUAAGUACAGAUUUUGGCCUAACAACAACAGCCGCAUGUAUGUGCUCGAGAAUACUGGGGAAUUCGUUAGCACACAUGGCUUGCAACUUGGAGAUUUCAUCAUGGUUUAUCAAGAUAGUGCAAACCACAAUUAUGUCAUUCAGGCUAAAAAGGCCAACUCUGACCAAGAUGAUGAUGAUGAAGAUGAUACUGUAUAUGGAGUGGAAGAAACUAUGAACAAUGCUGUGAAUGAGCUCAUGAUUUAUGACUCGGUCCCUGAUCAGGCUAACAAGUCUAGCUCGUUUUACAUGCCGACAAUGGAUCAUGAUCAUAUGCAGGAUGUUAAUGCAGGCAUGUCAUUUGUGUAUGACACCACUGCCUUCUCAAACGACUCUCUCCUUGAUUUUUUGGGUGGAUCCAUGACCAACUAUUCCAGAUCAAAUGGACGUCUGCAGGAAAAUUUUGGGUCUGUUGAGAACCUGUCUCUUGAUGACUUCUAUUAA